AUGAUAAAUGAGUUUGAGAUGACUGAUUUAGGAGUCAUGAAGUAUUUUCUUGGAAUACAAGUGAAGCAGUCCAAAGGAGAAAUCUUUAUUUCUCAAGAGAAAUACACAGAAGAUCUUCUGAAGAAAUUUCAUAUGGAGAAUUAUGCAAAACUAUUUAGGAGUCUUGUUGGUUCACUGAUUUAUCUCACAAACACACUGCCGGAUAUUGUUCAAGCCGUGAGCAUAAUCUCAAGGUUCAUGAAUGAACCAAGUCAACUUCAUUUUGCAGCAGCUAAAAGAGUCGUGAGAUACUUGCAAGGAACAAAGAAAAUAGGCAUCAAAUAUGUAAAAGAAAAUGAGAGCAAGUUGAUUGGAUAUAGCAACAGUGAUUGGGGAGGUUCUUUGGAUGAUAGAAAAAGCACUUCAGGUUAG